ACAGAGACGCCAGCAAACCAGCUUGGUUUCCAAUUGCCAAGAAUUGUCCUAUCAUGAUUGGAAAAGGCAAGUGCUUAUGGUCGAAUUCAUGUUUCCCACGGUAUCAUCCCAUUUAAGCUGACUCUGUGGCUAUCGGCAGUGCCCAGCAGAGUGCCCGUUCAAGUCGGUUUUCCUCUUCGUUCACCACUACCAUCGUCUAUACCAUCGGCACAUCCAUCAAACACAAUGGAGAAGAUUAAAGAGAAAAUGAACCAGCUGCGGUUUGAGGCAGACAAUGCGGUUACUCGCGCCGAAGAUGCAGAAGCUAAGAACAAGAAAUAUGAUCAACUGAUCCUUGAAAAGGACCAGGAGAUUACUUCGAUGUCUCACAAGAUCUCUGUUCUUGAGGCGGAGCUUGACAAGGUAGACGCGAAACUUGCAGAAGCCAAGGCUUCACAGGAAGAGGGAGAAUCGCUGAAGAGCACGAACGAGAACCUUACGAGAAAGAUUGCGCUGCUGGAGGAGGAACUUGAUGCCGCUGAGAAGAACGUGAAAGAAACGAUGGAGAAGCUGCGACAAGUGGACGUCAAGGCAGAACACUUCGAACGUCAAGUUCAACGGAUCGAGCAAGAGCGUGAUCAAUGGGAGAAGAAGUUCGAGGAAAUGCAACAGAAGUACAAGCAGUCGCAAGCAGAACUGGACAACAUGGUUGCUAACAUGGAGUCACUGUGAUCUGGUUUCUUCAUGUCUCGUGCGCUCUCCAUAUAGAGCUUUGAUCUUGACUAUCUCAUACCACAGCCAGCACUGCGUGGUCACGACCUUCCUACACGACAUUCUCAUAAUUCUCUUACCAGGAAUAUUGUCUGAUUAUUUAACCGAAUAAAUUCUUGUCCCAAAUC